AUGUGGUGGCUUGGGAUUACAGAGGAGGUUGGAAAAGAUUUCGGAUCUUUGUUUGACUUGGAAAACGAUCUUCCUGAUGAGCUGAUCCCCAAUGGCGAGUUGGGCCUUUUAAACAGCAGUGGGAACCUCGUUCCAGAUGCAGCUUCCAAACACAAACAACUUUCUGAACUUCUGAGGGGAAGCAGCGGCUCUUCCUUAAACCCAGGAAUUGGCAAUGUGAACUCGAGCAGCCCCGUGCAGCAGGGAGUUGGUGGUCAGGUCCAAGGGCAGCCGAACAGCGCAAACAUCGGGAAUCUGGGUGCGAUGGGUAAGAGCCCUCUGAACCCGGGAGACUCCUCUGCUCCAGGCCUGGCCAAGCAAGCAGCCAGCACCUCUGGACCUACCACACCUGCAUCCCAAACUCUGAACUCUCAAGCACAAAAACAAGUGGGAAUGGUGACGAGCAGCCCUGCAACAUCACAGACUGGACCUGGGAUAUGUAUGAAUACUAAUUUCAGUCAGACACACCAGAGCCUUCUCAACAGUAAUUCUGGUCACAGUUUAAUGAAUCAGCCUCAGCAAGGACAAGGGCAGAUGGCUGGGCACACCGGGCUGAACACAGCACAGACAGGAGCAAUUACUAAACUGGGAAUGACAGGUAACACUACUCCCUUUGGGCAGCCUUUCAGUCAAACUGGAGGGCAGCAGAUGGGAGCUGCAGGAGUGAAUCCUCAGUUGCCGAACAAGCCAGGCAUGGCCAAUAGUCUGUCUCCCUUCCCUACCGACAUCAAGAGUACUCCCGUCACCAGUGUGCCAAACAUGUCCCAGAUGCAAACCCAAGUCCAACAAGUGGGGAUUGUCCCAACCCAGGCCAUGGCCACCGGGCCCACAGCAGACCCUGAGAAGCGCAAACUGAUCCAGCAGCAGCUGGUUUUGCUGCUCCACGCUCACAAGUGUCAGCGGCGCGAGCAGGCCAACGGCGAGGUGCGCGCCUGCGCCCUCCCGCACUGCCGCACCAUGAAGAACGUCCUCAACCACAUGACGCACUGCCAGGCUGGCAAGGCCUGCCAAGUUGCUCAUUGUGCAUCUUCAAGACAAAUCAUCUCCCACUGGAAGAAUUGUACUCGGCACGACUGUCCCGUGUGCCUUCCUCUGAAAAAUGCCAGUGACAAAAGAAACCAACAACCCCUUUUAGGGUCUCCAGCUGGUGGGAUCCAGAAUUCCAUUGGUUCUGUUGGUACAGGCCAGCAGAAUACUCCAUCACUAAGUAAUCCCAAUCCAAUUGACCCCAGCUCCAUGCAACGAGCCUACGCUGCCCUGGGGCUGCCAUAUGGCAACCAGCCCCAAACACAGCUGCAGCCCCAGGUCCAAGGCCAGCAGCCAGCACAGCCUCAGGCUCACCAGCAAAUGAGGACCAUUAAUGCACUGGGAGCCAACCAGAUGAACCUUCCUGCAGGAGGAAUAACAACAGAACAGCAACCGGGUCUAAUUUCUGAAACUGCUCUUCCAACAUCCCUUGGGACAAAUAACCCACUAAUGAAUGAUGGCACAAACUCUGGCAAUGUUGGAAACCUCAGCUCAAUGCCAACGGCUGCACCUCCUUCGAGUACCGGGGUAAGGAAAGCAUGGCAUGAACAUGUCACUCAGGACCUGCGCAAUCAUUUAGUGCAUAAACUUGUCCAAGCCAUCUUCCCCACUCCUGAUCCAGCAGCACUGAAGGAUCGCCGCAUGGAGAACUUGGUGGCUUAUGCCAGGAAAGUGGAAGGAGAUAUGUAUGAAUCUGCUAAUAGUAGGGAUGAAUACUAUCAUUUAUUAGCAGAGAAAAUCUAUAAGAUACAAAAGGAGCUUGAAGAGAAGCGGAGGUCUCGUCUCCAUAAACAAGGGAUGCUGGGGAACCAAGCAGCCUUACAGACCCCCGGGCCCCAGCCCCCAGGGAUUUCCCAGGUGGCUGCUGCCAUGGGCCAGGCACAGCCCGUCAGGCCACCCAAUGGGCCUAUGUCCAUGCCAACCGUGCCUAUCAGUCGUAUGCAGGUUUCUCAAGGAAUGAAUCAGUUUAACCCCAUGUCCAUAGGGAAUGUACAGAUGCCCCAAGCACCGCUGGGACCGCGGGCGGCGUCUCCGAUGAACCACCCGGUGCAGAUGAACAGCAUGGGCGCCGUGCCCGCGAUGGCAAUGUCUCCUUCCCGAAUGCCUCAGCCACAGAACAUGAUGGGAGCUCAUUCCAACAACAUGAUGGGUCAGGCUCCUACCCAGAACCAAUUCCUGCCCCAAAACCAGUUCCCAGCAUCCACUGGAGCUAUGAAUGUGAACAAUGUGGGCAUGGGUCAGUCAACAGCCCAGGCCGGGGUGGCACAGCAGGGGCAGGUUCCCAGUGCUGCUCUUCCCAACUCCAUGAACAUGCUGGGACCGCAGAGCGGGCAGCUGCCGUGUCCCCCGGUGACCCAGCCCCCCCUGCACCAGACCACACCUCCCGUGUCCACUGCUGCCGGGAUGCCACCGAUCCAGCACCAAACCCCCCCGGGAAUGACUCCUCCCCAGCCAGCAGCACCCACCCAGCCAUCGACACCGGUCUCGUCCUCGGGACAAACUCCGACCCCGACGCCGGGUUCUGUUCCCACGGCCACGCAGACCCAGAGCACCCCCACGGGGCAGACUGCGGCCCAGGCCCAGGUGACACCGCAGCCACAGACCCCUGCCCAGCCCCAGUCUGUGCCAACCCCACAGCCAGCCCAGCAGCAGCCAACAUCUGUGCAGGCACAGCCACCUGGCACUCCACUAUCCCAGGCAGCAGCUAGUAUUGAUAACAGGGUCCCCACCCCUGCCUCAGUUGCUAGUGCUGAUACGAAUUCCCAGCAACUAGGACCAGAUGCACCAAUGCUAGAAAGCAAAUCAGAAGUUAAAACUGAAGAAACUGAGCCAGAGACUAGUGAGACACAAGUGGAAGCUAAGACUGAGGUGGAGGAGGAUUUACAAGGAUCUUCACAAAUAAAAGAGGAAACAGAUGGAACAGAACUGAAGCAGGAGCCAAUGGAAAUUGAAGAAAAGAAGCCUGAAAUGAAAGCAGAGGUUAAAGAAGAAGAGGAGAGCGGCACUAAUGGAACCACUUCACAAUCAACAUCACCGUCUCAGCCCCGCAAGAAAAUUUUCAAGCCCGAGGAGCUGCGCCAGGCUCUCAUGCCCACCCUGGAAGCUUUGUACCGGCAGGACCCAGAGUCCCUUCCUUUCAGACAGCCUGUGGAUCCCCAGCUUUUAGGGAUUCCGGAUUAUUUUGACAUUGUGAAGAAUCCCAUGGAUCUCUCGACCAUCAAGCGCAAGCUGGACACGGGGCAGUACCAGGAGCCCUGGCAGUACGUGGAUGAUGUCUGGCUGAUGUUCAACAAUGCCUGGCUCUACAACCGCAAGACUUCCCGGGUCUACAAGUUUUGCACUAAACUGGCAGAGGUGUUUGAGCAGGAAAUUGAUCCAGUCAUGCAGUCCCUGGGCUACUGCUGCGGGCGCAAGUAUGAGUUCUCUCCCCAGACCUUGUGCUGCUAUGGCAAGCAGCUGUGUACAAUUCCCCGGGACGCUGCCUACUACAGCUACCAGAACAGGUAUCACUUCUGUGAGAAGUGUUUCACUGAAAUCCAGGGGGAGAAUGUCACCCUGGGUGAUGACCCUUCCCAGCCUCAAACAACCAUCUCUAAGGAUCAGUUUGAAAAGAAGAAAAACGAUACCCUGGAUCCAGAGCCGUUUGUUGACUGCAAAGAAUGUGGUCGGAAGAUGCACCAGAUUUGUGUGUUACAUUAUGAUAUUAUUUGGCCUUCAGGGUUUGUCUGUGAUAAUUGUCUGAAGAAAACUGGUAGAACACGCAAAGAAAACAAAUUCAGUGCUAAAAGGCUGCAGACCACACGUUUAGGGAACCAUUUGGAAGACAGAGUGAACAAAUUCCUGCGGCGGCAGAACCAUCCUGAAGCUGGAGAGGUCUUUGUCAGAGUGGUGGCAAGUUCAGAUAAGACAGUGGAAGUUAAACCAGGAAUGAAAUCCAGAUUUGUGGACUCUGGUGAGAUGUCAGAAUCCUUCCCUUACCGUACCAAAGCUCUGUUUGCAUUCGAGGAGAUCGACGGGGUGGACGUGUGUUUCUUUGGGAUGCACGUGCAGGAGUACGGCUCAGAUUGCCCCCCUCCAAACACCAGGCGUGUGUACAUCUCCUACCUUGACAGUAUUCACUUCUUCCGCCCCCGCUGCCUCCGCACUGCCGUGUACCACGAGAUCCUCAUCGGGUACCUGGAGUACGUGAAGAAACUUGGGUACGUGACAGGGCACAUCUGGGCCUGUCCCCCCAGUGAAGGAGAUGAUUACAUCUUUCAUUGCCACCCACCUGACCAGAAAAUACCCAAACCCAAACGUUUGCAAGAAUGGUAUAAGAAGAUGCUGGACAAGGCAUUUGCUGAGAGAAUCAUUCAUGACUACAAGGACAUCUUCAAACAAGCAACCGAGGACAGGCUGACCAGUGCCAAGGAGCUGCCUUACUUUGAAGGUGAUUUCUGGCCCAAUGUGCUGGAGGAAAGCAUUAAGGAGCUGGAGCAGGAGGAGGAGGAGAGGAAGAAGGAAGAGAGCACUGCAGCUAGUGAAACAACAGAGGGGAGCCAGGGCGACAGCAAGAACGCCAAGAAAAAGAACAACAAAAAAACCAACAAGAAUAAGAGCAGCAUCAGCAGAGCUAACAAGAAGAAGCCCAGCAUGCCAAACGUGUCCAAUGACCUGUCUCAGAAGCUCUACGCCACCAUGGAGAAGCAUAAAGAGGUCUUUUUUGUGAUUCAUUUACAUGCCGGGCCUGUGAUUAACACCCUGCACCCCAUUGUGGACCCGGAUCCACUGCUGAGCUGUGACCUGAUGGACGGGCGAGACGCCUUCCUCACCCUGGCCAGAGACAAGCACUGGGAAUUCUCCUCCCUGCGCCGAUCCAAGUGGUCCACGCUGUGCAUGCUGGUGGAGCUGCACACCCAGGGGCAGGAUCGCUUCGUCUACACGUGCAAUGAGUGCAAGCACCACGUGGAGACCAGGUGGCAUUGCACUGUCUGCGAGGACUACGACCUCUGCAUCAACUGCUACAACACUAAGAGCCAUGACCACAAGAUGGUUAAGUGGGGCCUGGGUCUGGAUGAUGAGAGCAACAACCAAGGAGAGCAGCAGUCCAAGAGCCCCCAGGAGUCGCGACGGCUGAGCAUCCAGCGCUGCAUCCAGUCCCUCGUCCACGCCUGCCAGUGCCGCAACGCAAACUGCUCUCUGCCAUCCUGCCAGAAGAUGAAACGGGUUGUCCAGCACACCAAGGGCUGCAAGCGCAAGACCAACGGUGGCUGUCCGGUGUGCAAACAGCUCAUAGCUCUUUGCUGCUACCAUGCCAAACACUGCCAAGAGAACAAAUGCCCCGUGCCAUUCUGUCUCAAUAUCAAACACAAGCUCCGACAGCAGCAGAUCCAGCACCGCCUGCAGCAGGCCCAGCUCAUGCGCAGAAGGAUGGCUACCAUGAACACCCGAAACGUGCCUCAGCAAAGUUUGCCUUCUCCUACCUCAGCAACGCCUGGUACCCCGACGCAGCAGCCAAGUACACCGCAGACACCGCAGCCUGCCCCCCAGCCCCAGCCCUCCCCUGUAAGUAUGUCACCGGCCGGCUUUCCCAGCGUGUCCAGAACCCAGCCCCCCACCACCGUCUCGACAGGAAAACCCGCAAACCCGGUUUCUGCGCCGCCGCCUCCGGCUCAGCCGCCGCCGGCUGCCGUGGAAGCGGCUCGGCAGAUCGAGAGAGAGGCUGCCCAGCAGCAGUUACGAAGAGAAGAUGUGACAGAGGAAAUUGUGUGA